UGGUAGACCUACCAAUAUACCGUCAUUGGGCGAGGUGGAUCCUACAGGAACCUAUUGCCCUAUGCCAGACGAUUGGUUAGACAACAAGUAUGAUCUCGUAAAAUAAAAUUAACCCUCCUCGACUGUUAUUUAAUGGUAUCAUUGGAUAUAAUGGAAUCUUUUUCCUGCAAUGCGAUCUCCAUGGAUGUUAUUCUUGCCACAGUUAGUUGAACACGUUGCAGAACCAACCACAAAAGACCUGGUAUUAGUCGCGAUCGCGAAUGCAAUUCCGUUCGUCGGGUUUGGUUUUCUUGACAACUUCAUCAUGAUCGUUGCUGGCGAUCAAAUCGAGUUGAUAUUGAACCAAAGGUUUCCGAUCUCCACCAUGGCAGCGGCAGCGCUGGGUAACACGGUGUCCGAUGUCAUCGGAAUCGGCUCGGUGCAUUAUGUUGAGAUGUUUGUCCAGAAAAUCGGCAUCGAAGCGCCCAAGUUAACUCUAGCACAACUGAGACUACCUAGGACACGGAUAGCCGCGAAUGUGGGUCGGGUUAUCGGUGUUACGAUUGGAUGCAUUCUUGGCAUGACGCCUAUAGGAUUAGCCGCACUCUUCCGCAACGGUAGCUGAAUUGUCUUAAAAAAAUGACUGAACAACGAAUUAAUUUAAUUAACAUGUAGAACAAGCCCCACAAGUAUCCCACAAAGCGUUUUGUUUUACAAAUGUCUAUAAACUUUUAUAAUUUUAAUGUUCAAUUAUCGCAAAUAACACGAUUCAAAGAUAUUACAAAGUAUUUAAUAUAUAAAUGUAUAGAAUGUAUAAUAUAGAGAACUGUGUAUAGAACGAAGUUUAUGCGUAACAAAUUGUUUUUUUAACGGCUGAAAUAGGUUUUUAACCUACUGUAUUUAACGAAGCUUUAAUCCAGUGCUAUUUAAGUAAGCAAUUAAAAAAGAAGCAUGUACGUGUGACCUCAGAGAUUAAACUAGAAUACAAACUUGUUUUAAUAUCAGUCUUCCAAA